AUGAGGCGCGGGGACGGGCGCGCAGCGGGCACGUCCCCCCAGCAGGUGCAGAACGCGCACAAGGGGCGCAGCCUGCCGAGCGUGCGGAGUGUGUCGGCGGGGCUGCUGCCGUCGUUCCGCGCCAUCUCCAGCUACCUCCGCCAUGUCUCCUCCUCCGCCGACUCCCUCGUCGCCUCCGCUGUCCGCUCCGCCUCCGCGUCGGUCGCGGCGGCCAUGGCGCCGGGCGACGACAGCCAGAACAAGGAGCAGGUCACAUGGGCGGGUUUCGGGUGGUUGGAGCAGGGGUCCUCCCGCGGCGCGUCCGUGCCCGUGUCCGGCACGCGCCACGUGCUCCUCGUGGCGUACACCACGGGCUUCCACGUGUGGGACGUGAGCCACCCACACGCCGUGCAAGAGCUCGUCUCGCGACGCGACGGCCCGGCGGACUCGUUGCAUCCCAUCCCUUACGUCUCUAGAACCCCCCCGGAUAGUCCGCUCCGCGACGCGCAUCCCGUGCUCUGCGUCGUGUGCCCCGCUGCCGCCGCGCCUCCGCCGUUCUCGGCCGCAGCCUUGGGAUCUCCGAGCUUGUCCGGCCAAUUUCCGUACCUGGACGACGAUGAACCGUACGCUGACGUGGCGGACGGGACAGACGAGCCGUACGCGUGCGGAGAUGAAACGGGCGGCGAGCAGAGCGCGCUGCGGUUCUACUCGAUGCGGAGCGGUUCGUAUGUGCACUCGAUUACAGUGGCGGGGCGGGUGAUGGGCGUGAGGAGCAACCGCAGCGUGCUGGCAGUGGCUGUCACGGAACAGGUGUAUAUAUACGAUUUGCCAUCACUGCGCACGGCAUUCAGUGUGCUCACGCACCCGCACCCCCUGCCCUCCGCCCUCCCCGGCAUCGCCCGCACGUCCCCCCACGGCGCCCUCGCCCUGGGCGCGCGCUGGCUCGCCUACCCCUCCAACCAGCCCCUCGCCCCCCCCGCCUCCGCCCCCCUCCCCUCCUCCGCCUCCUCCUCCGCGGCUGCUGCUGCUGCAGCGGGGGCGGGGGCGGCGCUGGUGGCGCAUUAUGCCAAGGAGUCAGGGAAGCAGCUGGCAGGGGGGAUAGCCGCCCUGGGGGACCUGGGGGUGCGGGCGGUCGGCAAGUAUUGGACGGACAUGGUGGCGGAUUCCGCCGGUGGCUCAGGUGUUUCCAGCGCGUCAGGUGCUUCAGGUGUUGCGGCAGGGUUGGGAUCCCCCUGGAGCAGCAGGAGCCCGGAGCUCAUGUUUGCCCCUGACUCACCACACGCAUCCGUCUCUGGAGUGUCAGUAGUAUCGGGAGCAUCGGUAUCGGGGUGGUCAACGGAUGGGUAUGCGGACGCGAGUCCCAGGGCAGCAGCACUGCAGCACUCUCCUUCACCACCGCACCUCCCACCUGCCGACCCCGGCCAUGCCGGCAACGUGAUGGUGCGGGACGUGGCCACGCGGGCAGUGAUAGCGCAUUUCAAGGCGCAUGGCAGCGCCAUCGCACUCCUUGCGUUUGACAGCUCGGGCACGCUGCUGCUCUCCGCCUCACACGCCGGCCACUCCCUCAACGUCUUCCGCCUCACCCCUGCCCCCUCGCCCCUCCACUCCCCUGCCGCCAACGCACCCCUCCUCGACUCACACGCCCAGUCGCCACCAGACGGCUGCUCCUAUGUGCAUUUGUACAGGCUUCACCGCGGCCUCACUAACGCUGUGAUACAGAGCGCUACCGUUUCACAUGAUGGCAGGUGGGUGGCGGUGUCAUCAGUGCGCGGCACCACACACCUCUUCGCCAUCUCCCCUUUCGGAGGCCCCGUAGGCCCUGCCACACACCUCCCCUCCGCGCCCUCGCCCACGCUCCUCCACCCUGUAUAUACCCACAACCCCUCCCUCCUCCCCCCACCCCCCCCGCGCCCCUGGUGGUCCGCGCACGCCCCCCUGCGCGCGUCCCCCGCGCCCCCGCGCGCCCCCCCACGCAUCCCUGCGCCAGUGGCGCUGGCAUCAGUGGGGCGCAUUCGGAAUGCCAACAGUGGGUGGCGGGGGAACGUUACAGGCGUGGCGGCAGCAGCUGCUGGGCUGGGGGGAGAGAUUCCAGGCGCCGUUGCUGCUGCUUUCAACUUUGGGGGGGUGGCAGGUGCUGGGGGUUUUGGGAUGAUGGGAGGGAGUGGGGUUGUUCGGCACCAGCAGCACCAGCAGCAGCGGCAGCAGCAGGUAGCUUCCGGGCAGUUUUUCGGGCAGCCGGACUGGGCUCGGCAGCCAAUAGCGGAGCAGCUGUGGGUAUUUUCCCCCUUGGGGCACCUGAUACGCUACCACCUCACUCCCUUCGCCGCUGCUGCUGACCCCUCCUCCUCGUCCUCCUCCCCCUCUCACACCCACAGCAUCCCCAUGCCUGCUCCCCAUGCAUACACGCACCACCAGCAGUACACCAGCCACACAUAUGACCCCAGAGGCAUGUACAUGCCAUCCCACGUCACUGUCAGAGAAGCAGGCAUGCACCCCAGCAUAGGUGAAAUGGGUUCCUCCCCCGGGUUUCCCCCAUAUUCCCCCUUCCCCCCCGCGCCCCCCAUGGCCCAGUCCGACUCGUCAGUGCAGGGAGGGCGCUCCUUUGAGCGCCUGCCCUCUCUCCCCACCCUCGCGCUGCGCUCUGCUGCCGCUGCCGCGGGGGUGAGGGGCAUGGGGGGAAUGGGGGGCGCGGGCGCAGGGGGGGAGGUGGUGGUGAGGGUGGCGGCAGAGGCGAGUGAGGUGUGGGACGUGUGCCGCCGCGUGAGCUGGAGCGACCGUGACGACCCCAUUCCCGUUGACAGCUCGUGGGUUGACGGCCACGGUGCCAGCACUGAUGCUUCUGCUGCUGGCGGUGCUGGUUCUGCUGCUGGCGGUGCUGGUUCUGCUGCUGGAGCUGGAGCUGCUGCGGAUGUUGCGUGCUCAGCGUCAGGGCAGGCAGGGCAGGGAGCUGGGGAGGGUGCGAGGCAGAGGGCGGCAGAGGAGGAGCAGCAGAGGGCGUAUCUGAUGCACGCGGAGGUGCAGCUGUCCACCAGCGGAGCCACGCCCCUGUGGGCUCGCUCCUAUGUGCAGCUACAGCCAGAGGACCCACCAGUUGAGCUCCAGUCAAAGGACCCAUACAUGCAGCUACAGGCGGUUGGCAGUGAGGCACCCCCUGCCAGCAUUGCAGGCAUCGCUGUGCCCCCUCCCGCUCCCCUUGGCACUGGGGCCUCCCCGCCUGCCUUCCCGUCCUCUGCCAGUCCGCCCACACUCGAAGGAUUUCCUCAGACACGAGUGGAGCAGAAGCAGCAUGAGCAGCAGCAGGUGGUGCAUGGGGGACAGCAGGGAUGGGGUGGCGGCCAGCAGCAGCAGCAGCACGCGUAUCACACGCAUGAAGGCAUCGGCCCACAGACACAGCCGCACAUGGGAGUGCACGUGGGAGUGCACAUGGGAGUGGAGAAAGGCGGUGCUGCCGUGCAUGUUCCCAGACGCACCUCCGCCCUCAGUGGCCUGCUCCGCCACUCUGCCACCACCGCUACUGCUGCUGGUGUUGCUGCUCCGCGGCUCUCACAUUCACUCUCACCCUCUCCUGCAACCACAGCCACAGCUGCUCCUCUCGCAGCAGGAGGGAUAGCAGUGUGUGAAGCAGGAGUGCACGGGAACGAGGGAUUGCAGGGAGUAGAGGCCAUGCACGGGAGGCAAGUAGGGCUACCUGGAGAUUUCCCAGGUACUGCUACUGCUCCUGGCCCCCUGGGCAGUAUUAGCGGCAGCAGCAGCAAUGGGGUGGGCGCAGGGAGCAGGGCGAGGGGGCAGGUAGCACAGGAGGCGCGGACGGGUCUGGGCGUGGCGCUGGAGCAGCCCAUGGGGGGCUGCAGAGGGCGUCAGCAAUUGGGGGAGGUGAGGGGCGGUGGGGGAAGGCAGGAAGGGGUUGCUGGGGAGUGGAUGGCGGUGGAGCAGGGGGGAACAGUAGCAGCAGCAGGAGGGGAAGUAGGGAUGGGGGUUGUGAUUGGUGUGGGUGGAGGGAUGUUGGGUGCUGUGGAUGAGGAGGGGGGCAUGGCAAAUGAUGCUGAUUGGAGGGCAGACAGCUGGGGGGCUGAAGGGGGGCCCGGCAGUCAAGCAACUGGAUUAUCGGUGCCUGGACCCAGGGCGAUAGAGGAAGCAAGGGAGGAGGAGCGCGAAGAGGAGCACAUGGGGUUUGACAUGAGUGGGAGGCGGGUCGGCGAGAGAGGCGAGACGGAGGGAGUUUUUGCAUUCGACGACCCGUGGCUGGCUGCCCAAACGCACACUCUAGCCCCUGCCUCUUUGUCUCGCAGCAACACCUCUGGCUCCUCCCCAGAUGCUCCCUCACCACCCCGCCCCACCCACCCACACCGCCCCACCUCCUCCCACUUCCUCGCCUCCUCUACCCUCCAUUUAUCAUCAUCACCAGCAUCACCAGCAUCCCCAUCAGCAGCAGCUGCACCAGCAGCACCACCACCAGGAGAAGCACCAGCAGCACCAGCACCACCAGUAGCAGCACCAGCAAGAGGUGCCUUAUCCCCCUCCUCCCAGCCCCUGGGGGCCCAUUCCCAACCCCUGGCCUCCCGCCCAUCUGCCCUCUCCCCCACUAUGAGCCUCCUCUCAAACCCCCAGCACCACUCACCGCCCCCCUGUACCCCCGAGGUCCACCCUCAGCCGUGUGCCCACCCAUCCCCCCAUGCACCAUUGUCUCCCCCUCCUCCUCGUCCGCCCCCACCUGCUCCCCCCACUCAUGCUCCUGGGGACUCCUUUCCCAGCAGCAUCUGUGGCUGCCUCGUACGUGGCAGCGAGGGGGAGAUGGAAGGCGAAGGAGGGGCUGACGAGGGCGAGCAGAAUUGGGAGGAGCAGGAGGAGAGGGUGCAGGAGCAACGAGCAGGGGAGGAGCAGGUGGGGAAGGAACGAGUGGUGGUAGAAGAGGUGGGGGGGUUAGGGCAGCAGAAGCAGCAGGGGCAGGAGGGGCAGAAAAAGCAGCUGGAGCAGCAGGAGCAGGAGUGUGGCAGGGAGCAUGGGCAAAAGGAGGUAGAGCAACAGCAGACCGUGGCGGAUGGGGGCCUAAGGGAGGUAGAAGAGGUGUCAGAAACAGUGCCAGCGUCAGAAGCAGCCUUAGAAGCGGUGUCAGAAGUGGUGUCAGUGUCAGAAGAGGUGUCAGAAGAGGUGUCAGAAGAGGUGUCAGAAGAGGUGUCAGAAGUAGUGGUGGUGGAGGGGGUGUUGAGCGUAGAAGUGGAGAGAGAUGAGGAUACGGGAAUUGCAGUGUGUAGCUCCGGCGUGAAAGGGUCUGCAGAAGGCACUGCGAGCAGUGGUGGUGAGGCGUGUGCAGCAGGUGCAGGGGUGAGCGUGGAGAAGGAUGGAGCAGAAAUGGGAGGGAGUGAGCACGGAGGGCAGGUAGGAAACAACCACAGGGGUCCUCGUGUGGUGGCUAUUACAAGUGGUGGCAUCAAGGCAGCUAGUGCUGCUAGCAGCAACAGCUUCAGUGGCAGCGAUGCUGGUGGUGGUGGUGCUGGCAGUGGCAAGGUAGCAGUGACAGCAGCAGCUGAGGUGCCAACAGUGCGAGCAAGGAAGGGGAAGAAGAAGAAGAAAGGUCUCGUGGUAUCAGUUGCUGCCGCACCACCACCACCACCACCAGCAGCAGCGCCACAACAAGCAGUACAGGCGGCCAUCAAGUCGGUUCCCAGCUCCGAGUCUUUGAAUGGCUGGGAGCUCUGA